AUGUCAAGGCUGAGGGCCUUUGCCAGCACUGGAGUUUGGCCCAGGGGAGCCGGCAACAGGCCAGCGCCAAGGCAACGGAAGUGGCAUGACCUCUACCAAAAGAUUGAGAAAUGCCCCAUGCAGGCCAAAGGUCAGUCUGGCUUGUUUGGUCAGGCCAGGACCUGCAGUUGUGGGUUGCACACCAAGCCUGCCACCCAGUCAUCUCCUCCCUCCACAUCAUCUGCAGCUUCAGCCUCUGCUCCUGAGGCCCGGACAUAUUUGCGUCCCCCUCUAAGUCUGUCCAUGUUCACAAAAUCCCACUAUGGUGGCUCAUUGUCAUCUGCAGUGCAGCCAAAUUUGGUGAAAAGAAGGACCCCCAGUCCUUCACCUGUGAGCACCCCCAGUCCUUCACCUGUGAGGACCUCCAGCCCUUCACUGUCUUCUCUGAGGACCCCCAGCGCUUCUGUGUCGUCUGUGAGGACACCCAGCCCUUCUGUGUCAUCUGUGAGGACCCCCAGCCCUUCUGUGUCGUCUGUGAGGACACCCAGCCCUGCACCAUCCCAGGGGAAGUUCCCAGUUUGGGAACAAAACCCUGUACAAGCUGACACAUCUGGCGAACCGGGAGGACGUGAGUCAUCCCAUGCGGGAUCCUCAGCUUCAUUCUGGCUGCCGGGUGAGCUGAGCAAAACCAUUCCUCUGCAGGACCAGAGGUGGAUUGCCAACACCCUCUUUCACUCUGGGAAACUGCGGCCAGAUUUGAAGCUGUGGUGA